AUGACUUCUGCGAAUUUUGCUGCCGCUCAAAGACGGGUUUUGGAGCGGCGUCGCCUGUUGGAGGCAGAAGCUCGCGCCCGUCUGGCGGACCAGCAACGAACGUCGCGCAUCGACGCUGCGGCCCUGCAAAGAUUACCAUCUCCUUUAAACCGACUUUCCGGCUCAGGGCUGAAUAUCUGGAAUACCGUCAAGGGACGAGAAGGUACGCGACCGCACUUUCGUGUCGGGCAGGUUGAUUCGGAGCUCUUGGACGAAGAGCUGCUUGGGUUACUAAAUGGCCAGAUUGGAGAAGCUCUGAAAUAUUACGGGUCUCAUAUUCGCGAUGACUGGGCAUCCGAGAUUCAGCUCGCUCUCCGCGCUCUUCUGUUCAAGAUUUCGAUUUGGGAUCACAACGCCUCGUACGGCGCGGCUUUACAAGGUCUUCAAUACGUCGAUAGCCGCAGCAAGUCAUUAAUCCCAUCUCCACCGACGAAGUGGCAAAAAACAUUAUAUGGAUUAUUUACUGUCGGUGGGCGAUACGCAUGGGAAAAAUGGGAAAACUGGCUGAUUGACCACGAGAAUGGUUAUGAAGAGGCAUCAGAUGUUCGUCUUUUCUCUCGAAUUACGAACCUUGUAUCAACCACACACUCUGUCGCAGCUUUUGCGUCUUUCUUAAUCUUCCUCGUGAACGGUCGAUACCGAACGUUGAUCGACCGAGUUCUUCGAAUCCGACUUGCACCCCCUUCGAACCAAGUUAGCCGCGAAGUCUCUUUCGAAUAUCUCAACCGCCAAUUAGUAUGGCAUGCAUUUACCGAAUUCCUCCUAUUUCUCCUCCCUCUUGUUGGCAUCAGUCGCUGGCGACGAUGGGUAUCGCGAGCGUGGAAAAAGACCGUGGCAGCAGUGAAAGCUUCCUCGGCAGAAGACGGCGACAAACCCAGUGAAAAGCAGGGACAGUUCGCCUUUCUUCCCGAGCGAACAUGCGCCAUCUGCUAUAACGACCAAAACCCAACGGCAACGUCCGAAGCCGACAUCCUCGGCGCAUCGUCAGGAGGAAUAAUCGGCUCGGCGCAGACAGAUAUUACCAAUCCGUACGAAACAAUCCCAUGCGGCUGUAUCUAUUGCUUUGUCUGCGUUACGGAAAAACUAGAAGCGGAAGAGGGCGAGGGAUGGGUAUGUUUUCGCUGCGGCGAGAUCGUCAAGCAGUGCAAACCAUGGAAUGGUGACGUUCUUGAAGAAGCGCCGCGCUCGUCAACGAGUGCGAAGGUGGUUGGGUUUGCCAUUGCAGAUGAAAGUGUUGUCGAGAAGGAGACCAGCAACGGGGCGGCGUUUGAUACAGAACAUCACGACAGCGUUGAGCAUCUUCCGCAUAUUGACGCUGAUAAUGAUGCAUUAGACGGGUCGAAUAUGUGGUCGACGAUUGACAAGGAU